GGAACUUCAGUACAGUAAUAGUCGUGGUGGGAGAGCGGCAUACCUACGUUCUGUCCUUGAAAGACCUUCAAAUUUAUUCCUUACCGAAGAGUUCCAGCAGAGGAGAACAGGAAUUUGGGACUUUGGAUUUCUCGUCUGGAGCCAUUUCUUGGUUUAGGCUGCGAAGGUACAGACGAAAAGACAUUCUCCUGGUAUCCAGAGCACAAUGUUGGCGGCCUCUUUCCGUUGGCAGCGUCGGCUGUGGAAUCCAGUGUUCAUCAGAAGUGUCACCAGUUCUGGAAAUUAUGCACCUAAGGAGGGAGUGCCUUAUAAAACGACCAUCAAAGACCAGGAUUCCUUCACGGACAGUCCUCGAUGUUUGCCAGAACAGGCUGAUGUGGUAGUCAUUGGCGGAGGAUCUCUGGGCUGUAAUACCUUGUAUCACCUCGUGAGACUGGGGAUCACUAACGCUGUUCUCUUGGAAACGAACAAGAUUACAUCAGGCACCACCUGGCAUACUGCAGGGUUGCUGUGGCGCCUUAGACCAAGUGACACCGAGAUCCACCUAAUUAACACCACCAGGGAACUGCUCAUUAGAUUGGAAGGGGAGACAGGCGUCGAUCCAGGGUGGAUUAACAAUGGUGGGCUCUUCAUCGCCUCUAGCAAAGCACGAUUGGACGAGUACAAACGUCUUUUAACGAUGGGAAGAACCCAAGGAAUCGAGAGCCACAUUCUCGACCCGACGGAGACAAAGAAACUUUACCCUCUCAUCAACAAGGAGGACAUUGUAGGAACUCUCUACUGCCCAGGAGAUGGUACGGUGGAUCCAGCAGGUUUUUGCACAGCACUGACCCGUUCAGCAACGAGGUCAGGUGCUAAAGUGGUCGAAAACUGCCCGGUUAUUAACAUCCAAACUGUAGGCACACUUCUGGGCGGUAAAAAGGUCAGCGAAGUUCACACUCCUUAUGGUAUCAUCAAAACCAACGCCGUUGUCAAUGCCACAGGCGCCUGGGCCAGUGGCAUCGCCCAGAUGGUUGGUGUGGAGAUUCCGUUGGUUCCCAUGAAACACGCCUACAUAGUAACAGAUAGAAUUGAGGGGAUUGAGAAUAUGCCUAAUGUACGAGAUCACGACGCCUCAGUCUACCUAAGGCUUCAGGGCGAUGCUCUAUCUGUGGGAGGAUACGAGAAAGAUCCCAUAUUGCUGGAGAAGUUAGAUAAGGACUUCGCUUUUGGCUUAUACGAACUAGACUGGAAUGUCUUUAGUGCCCACAUCGAUGGUGCCAUAAACAGGGUUCCUGUUUUAGAAAAGACUGGAAUCAAAUCCACUGUCUGUGGUCCAGAGUCGUUCACACCAGACCAUAAGCCGCUGAUGGGUGAAGAUCCUCACAUCCAGGGGUUCUUCCACUGUUGCGGCUUCAACAGUGCUGGAAUGAUGUUGGGCGGAGGUUGUGGAGAUCAGACAGCCAAGUGGGUCGUUCAUGGCAGGCCUGACGUUGAUAUGUUCGGAUAUGACAUCAGAAGAUUCCACACUUCCUUGAACUCAGACAAAGACUGGGUCGUGGCAAGAUCUCACGAAUCUUACGCCAAGAACUACAGCAUCGUCUUCCCUCAUGAUGAACCACUGGCUGGUCGAAACAAAAGACUGUCGCCACUGCACGAGAUCCUAGAGGAACAAGGCUGUGUAUUCCAAGAACGACACGGAUGGGAGCGACCAGGGUGGUUCAAUUUAGUCCCCACUCCAACGCAGCCUUACGACUGGUAUGGAGCCUAUGGAUCCCCUCUAAACACAGACCAAAGAUACGGCACAGCCCUGACAGCUGAUUAUUCGUUUGACUUCCCAAAGCAUCAUGACCUGAUCCAGAAGGAGUGCCUAGGGUGCCGUAACGCAGCUGCUGUGUUUGAUAUGUCCUACUUUGGUAAAUUCUACAUCACAGGACCCGAUGCCCAGAAGGCUGCUGAUUGGCUGUUUUCUGCUGACGUCAGCAGGGACACUGGCAUGACUGUCUAUACUUGCAUGCUCAAUAAACAUGGAGGCAUCGAAGCUGACUUAACAGUGAGUAUCUGUGAAGGCGGUGAAGGGUCACCUUGUGACCCAGCAUUUGAAGGCAGAGGAUUUUACCUGGCAGCCGGAGGCGCAGCGGCACUCCAGAACUUAGCACACAUCCUGAAGGAAAUAAGGACACACGAAUGGGAUGUCCAGUUGGUCAAUCACACUGACGAUAUGGCCAUGUUGUCCGUGCAAGGACCCAACAGCAGAGGAAUCCUCCAGACGGUUUCUGAUGACGAUUUCAGCAACGAGGCCUUCCCAUUCUCCACGCACAAAGUCAUCGAUGUUGCUGGACACAAAGUGAGAGCGCUGAGGCUGUCCUUCGUGGGAGAAAUGGGAUGGGAACUCCACAUUCCUAACGACUCUGCAGUCGAGGUCUACAAAGCCAUAAUGAAUGUUAACAAGCCCUAUGGGCUGGUCAAUGCAGGAUAUCGAGCAAUAGACUCCUUGUCAUGUGAGAAAGGAUAUCGACACUGGCACGCUGAUAUCCGGCCGGACGACACUCCGCUGGAAGCCGGUCUCGCCUUCACCUGCAAGCUGAAGACAGACACCAAUUUCUUAGGAAGAGAGGCCAUAGAACAACAGAAGCUCCAGGGCAUUAAGAAGAAGAUCGUCACCAUCACCCUGGAUGACCCAACAAAGCCCCUUUGGGGUCUGGAAGGUAUCUGGAGAGACGGAGAACCUGUUGGCUACGUCAGAAGAGCAGAGUAUGCCUUCACUUUAGAGCGAGCCUUGGCCUACGGCUAUGUGCGUCGACCUGAUGCUGGAAACGUCACAAACAACUUCCUGAAAACUGGAAACUGGAAGGUUGAGUCGAAGGGAGAGCUGCUUGAUGCCAAAAUUCACCUUCAAUCGCCUUUUGAUCCUAAGAAUCUCAGAGUGAAGGGAUUAUACAGUGAACUCUAAGUGUAUCUGUGAGGAUGCAAGUGCUCUUCAAGAAUGUGGAUACUACAUUGCAUUCAUUGACAUUCCUCGAAUCUACAUUUAUCGACAUUCCCUGUUGAUGAUUCAUAUCCAUACCUUACCUUACAAUUCCAGCCAUCGGAAAACUAUGAUCUUAUACAACCGUCAUAAUUCUUAAAUAAAUUUGUUUUAAA